AUGCGCCUCUUCCUCCUCCCCAUCUCCACCCGCCGCACCCUCAUCUACUGCGAACGCGCUCCUCCCCUCCCUUCCACCUCCACCGCCAAACCCCCCAUAAGCGAGCGCAUCAUCGCCAAAGCCUCCGAGACCUGGGCGAAAUGGGAGCGCGCGGAGAAAGGCUGGCAGAAACAACUCACCGUCCAAGGAAAUCGCUUCCUCAAGCGGAUACCGUAUGAAGAGUGGGGAUUAAAGUCUUUCCCGCCCGGGACGAAGAAGCGGUUAGAGGAGGCUGAGAGGGAGGGGGAGGGGAAGUGGGAGUGUUUGUUUCCUGGAAGGUUUUUUGGGGACGGUGGGAAGGGGCAGGUGGAGAGGGCGAAAGAGGUGUUGGGGGGAUUGGCGGGGGAGAGGCAGGCGUUGCAUCGGAAGCGGUUGUGGUGGAGUGUGCUGGGGAUGCCGGUGACGGCGCCGUUUGCGCUGGUGCCUAUAAUACCCAACAUCCCCUUCUUCUACCUCGUCUUCCGCGCCUACUCCCACUACCGCGCCCUCUACGGCGGCAAACUCCUCUCCCACCUCAUCUCGAAAGACCUCGUCACCAUCACCGACUCCCCGGAACUCGACUCCCUCUACGCCGCCGGCCUGCUGCACCCGCACCGCGACGCAUCCCGCGGCGCCCCCAAACCGACAUCCACGCAAAUCGAGCAAGUGGCGCGAGUAGUGGAGGCGCAGACGCACGGCGGGAAAGAAGAUGUGAUGGUGCUGCAGCGCUGGAAUGGAAAGUUGAUUGCGGAAAGGUUUAAAUUGCCUGAGAUGGAGAUGGAGAUUGAGCGGGCAGUGGAGCAGGUGGAGAAGGUGAUUGAGAAGGAGAGGGUUGAGUUGGAGGAUGAGAAGAGGGAGGUUAUGCGGGCGGCGGCGGCGGAGGGAGGGAGGGCGGCGUCGAUGUCGUCUGGAGCUUCGACACCGUCGGCGGAGCCAAAGAGGGAGGAUGUUGCGAAUCCGGACAUCAAGCGGUGA